AUGGCCGGUCUCCAAAAACUUUCCGGAGUGGUAGUGGAAGCAUGGAACGGCACACGGCGGUCCAUCAAUGCCUCGGCCAAGGGCAUCGCCACGUCCACCGAGACUGCCGUCUCCAAGAUGGGGGACGGUCUGGACAGCGUGAACAAGCGACUGGACAAGAUGUCCAUGCGCCUGAACAACUGGGCGGACGGCAAUAGGAUUGGGCGGUACUUUCGCUUCAGGGAGCGCAAUGCAAAGUUUACGGUGGAGCUCCGGGCCGGGACCAUCACCUUCCUCAUGGUGGCGUACAUCCUGGCGGUGAACCCCAACAUCCUGCAGGCCACGGGCGGCACUUGCUCCCCUGCGGAGAACUGCAACCAGGCCAACAGCGAGCUGAUGGGCGCGGCAUGCCUGUCCAACGUCACCGACCCGCUGGCGGUGGAUUGCUUGGCCAACCUGCAGCGCAACCUGAUCACCGCCACCGCCGCCUCCUCCCUCAUCUCCACCUUUGUGAUCGGCGCGCUUGCCAACCUGCCCCUGGCCCUGGCCCCCGGCCUGGGCGUGAACGCGUACGUGGCCUACCAGGUGAUUGGCGUGUACGGCCGCGGCGAGCUGACCUACCAGCAGACCAUGGCCACCAUCUUUGUGGAGUCCUGGAUCUUCAUCCUGCUGUCCAUCACCGGCGUGCGCGGCGGCAUCAUCAAGUUCAUGCCCAAGACCGUGGCCCUGGCCUCCUCCGUCGGCAUCGGCCUGCUGCUGGCCUUCACCGGCCUGCGCAACCUGGACGUGGUGGUGUUCGACUCCUCCACCCUGGUCCAGCUGGGCGGCUGCACCGACCGCUCCCAGACCUACGUGUACAGCUUCGACGCGCCGCUGACCCCCGCCACGGGGGCCAACGCCACGGCCAUCGUGCUGGCCACCGCUGACGUCUUCGGCUGCUCCGGCGGCCAGAUGCGGUCCGCCACCAUGUGGCUGGGCAUCGCCGGCGGCUUCAUCUCCGCCCUCUGCCUCUACGUCGGCGUCAAGGGCGCGCUCAUCAUCGGCAUCGCCUUCGUCACCGUCAUCUCCUGGAUCCCGGGGCACGCCGCAACCUACCUGGGCGCCACCUCCGCCAUCCCCGGGGGCGAGGCCCGCCUCCAGGUGUUCCGCAAGAUCGUGGCCGCGCCCACCCUGGACGCCACGGGCCUGGCCUGGAGCUGGGACGCGUUUGACACCAGCGAGCUCUGGGUCGUGCUCAUCACCCUGCUCUACAUCGACCUGCUGGACUGCACGGGCACCCUGCUCUCCAUGGCCCACGUCCUGGACUCCGUGCUCCCCGGCUUCCUGGACGAUGCGGGGGAGUUCCCGGGCCAGAUGUGGGCGUUCCUGGCCGACGGCAUCGGCAUCCUCAUCGGCAGCAUGAUGGGCACCACCCCGCUCACCGUCUUCAUCGAGUCGGCGGCGGGGAUCGAGGACGGCGGGCGCACGGGGCUCACCGCCAUCACCGUCUCCAUGUACUUCUUCAUCGCCCUCUUCUUCUCCCCCGUCCUGGCCAGCAUCCCGCCCUACGCCACAGGCGCCGCCCUCGUCCUGGUCGGCGCCAUCCUCAUCGGCCACGUCAACCGCAUCGAGUGGGACAACAUCGGGGAGGCCAUCCCCGCCCUCCUCACCAUCAUCCUCAUGCCCAUGACCUACUCCGUGGCAUACGGUGUGAUCGCGGGGCUGUCCAGCUACAUUGCCAUCCACGCCCCCUUCUGGCUGUGGGACAUGAUCAUGCGCCGGCUGCGCCCGCCCGACGAAGACGCGGGGGGGUCCUCGCGCAUGCGCCACAGCAACCUGUACAUCCGGCGCAAGGCGCUGCAGGGCUCUUCCUUUGGCGGCAACGGCUUCGGCGCGCCCUCCGAAGAUGAGUCGUACGUUACCACCAACAGCCAGCGCAGCGGGCUGCCGCACUCCAUCUCCCUGGGCAUGCGCAGUGUGCAGGGCCUGGGCUCCCCCCAGACCUCGGUGUUCGAGGCGGGGGAGGAGGCGGCGGCGGCGCUGGCCAACCGCGGGCGCGGCCGCUCCUUCACCAACUUCCGCAUGUCCUUCGACCCCAGCCCCCACCGAGCGCCCUCGCCCCUGCCCCUCGCCGCCUCGCGCCAGAACUCCUUCAUCGCCGGCGUGCUGCCCCCGGGCAUCAGCGAGACCGAGCUGGCGGGCCUGUCCGGGCCGGGCGGGCGGUCCAUCAGGAAGGUGGUGCCGCGCCCGCUGGCACAGCAGCGCACCUCUGUCGGCACGGGGGUGGAGCUGGCGCCGCGGAGCGGCGUGCUGCGCUCCAGCAAGAGCAUGGGCCCGGGCGUUGGGCAGGCCCCCGCUGCCGGAGGCUUCAGCCUCUUCCCAGAGGUCAGCAGCGUGUCGGCGGACGCGGAGGUGCCCGGCAAGGCUGCCGGCGGCUUCAAGCUGUUUGGCGACCUCUUUGGUGACAUCCAGCCCCUGGGUGAGGCGAGCGACGAUGCAGAGGCCGCGGAGGAGGGUGCCAAGGGGGGCAGCGACGGGACCUCGACCUCGCGCUCCGAGGACGGCAGCGCAGGGGGGGAGACCAGGGACACCGUGGCCAGCUUCAAGGCCUUUGACCUGGGACCGCAGCCCAUGAUGGACCGCGAAGGUGUGUGUUGGCACAGGGGGAAUAGGGGGCUGGUGUGUGCUGCGAGGGGCCCCGGGCCCACCAACAACGCGGCCCGAGGAUGCCUGGGGUGGGUGUGUUUUAUGGUGCGGGUGUGGAGGGACAUGUCUGCCGUGCCAGUCCGCGGCAUGUGA